AUGGCCCUGGAGAUGGCGGCGGCGGCAAUAAUGGAGGAGAUGAUGGAGGAGAUGAUGGAGGAGAUGAUGGAGGAGAUGAUGGAGGAGAUGAUGGAGGAGAUGAUGGAGGAGAUGAUGGAGGAGAUGAUGGAGGAGAUGAUGGAGGAGAUGAUGGAGGAGAUGAUGGAGGAGAUGAUGGAGGAGAUGAUGGAGGAGAUGAUGGAGGAGAUGAUGGAGGAGAUGAUGGAGGAGACGAUGGAGGAGAUGAUGGAAGAGAUGGCGGCAAUGGCGGCAGACCCGGCCCUGGUUAUCCCAAACCUCGACCUCGACCUCGACCAGGAUCUGGACGUCCCUUUCCCGGAGAUGACCCUCGAGCAUGUCUCCCGACACGCUUUCGAGUAUGGCCAACCUGGCAUCGACUUAUUGGAACCAAGGCCGGUGGGAGGAGGCCGAGCAGCUCGAGGUGCAGGUGAUGGAGACUCGCAAGACGAGGCUCGGCGAGGAUCAUCCCGACACGCUGACGAGUAUGGCUAA